AAAAAAAAGUCAGGCAGGGAACCCUGAGAAUUGCUAAGGAAGCAUUAAAGCAUUAUUUACAAUUGAAUGUCCAGUUGUUUGAAUGAGAUCAGUAUAAGUAGCUUUUGAAAACUCCUGAUUGACCCGGAUGAAGAAGAGAAGCCUGUCAUAAAUAGAGAUCUUGAAAGAGACGGAGAGAAAGAAAGAACAGCAACAGCAAGAAAGAGAGUACAUCAAGAAGCUCCCUUGAUUUCUCAAGUUCUGAAGACUCUGAGUAAGGACACCUUCCAGAUUCAGCGUCGGACCCUCACUGAUGGAGCCAGCAACAACCCUGUUUAUUGUGGAUUAUUACGACGCUACAAGCCCAGAUCCUUCCAUCAUGGAGACUCCCUCCCACAUCUCCUACAUAUCUGUCUUCCUCCCUGUCUUUUACACAGCUGUGUUCCUGACUGGAGUGUUGGGGAAUUUCAUCCUCAUGGUCGCUCUGCAUUUCAAACACGGCAACCGAAGACUGAUCGACAUCUUUAUCGUCAACCUGGCUGCCUCUGACUUCAUUUUCCUUGUCACAGUGCCUCUUUGGAUGGAUAAGGAAGCCUCUCUAGGACUCUGGAGGACUGGCUCGUUCCUGUGCAAAGGCAGCUCCUAUGUGAUCUCGGUGAAUAUGCACUGUAGUGUCUUCCUGCUCACGUGCAUGAGCAUGGACCGUUACAUGGCUAUCCUGCACCCAGCCUUAGCCAGGAGAUUGAGAAGGAGAAGCUGUGCCUAUGUAGUGUGUGCUGUCGUCUGGAUCGUCUCGUGCCUCCUGGGAUUGCCCACUCUUCUAUCCAGAGAGCUCACUCACAUUGAAGGCAAGCCGUACUGUGCAGAGAAGAAACCCACGUCAUUAAAACUGAUGUGGGGCCUGGUAGCCUUGAUUGCCACCUUUUUUGUCCCUCUCCUGAGCAUUGUGACCAGCUACUGCUGCAUCACAAGGAGGCUGUGUGCUCGUUACCAGCAGUCGGGAAAGCACAACAAGAAACUGAGGAAGUCCAUAAAGAUCAUCAUCAUAGUGGUGGCAGCCUUCACCGUCUCCUGGGUGCCCUUUAACACUUUUAAGCUCCUAGCCAUUGUUUCAGGGUUGCAGCCAGAAGGCCAGUUUCCCUCCGAGACUUUUCAGCUGGCCAUGAAUGUGACUGGGCCCUUGGCAUUCGCCAGUAGCUGUGUCAACCCACUCAUUUACUACGUCUUUGACAGCUAUAUCCGCAGGGCCAUUGUACAUCGUCUGUGCCCUUGUCUGAAGACCCACGACCUUGGGAGCAGCACUGAGACAUCAGACAGUCACCUCACUAAGGCUUUUUCCAACUUCAUUCAUGCAGAGGAUUUUGUCAGGCGGAGGAAGAGGUCUGUGUCGCUCUAAAAGGAUCUGUGACAUUUCAAGUUCUGUUGGCACUCGCAGGAAGCUGGGUUUUGUCAGCGACAUAAAAGCAUUAAAGAUGAAAUUCAUAUUGAUUCAUAAAUCCAAGCAAGUGUUGGCUUUUUUUUUAAGCCUUCCUGAAGAGCUGUGGAUCUGACUAGGCCAUAUCAGUAUGUUCACUUUAAAGGUCUAACUUGGAAUCAAGCCAACCAGGCAAACUACAAACUCCAUUGUCCUUGAGCUCAAAAGUUGUUGUUCAUGAAUGAAAUCUUUUAUGCAUGUCAAUGCACCUUCUGGCCUUUUGAGACCAUCUGUUCAUGCUGGGCUGUGUUUGGAAGAGAUACUUUCAACUGGUAAGAAGUGUAGUGCAGUGCUGGAUAACAAAACCAAAAAUGCUUGUACUCUGCAACUCACUGUCCCUGAGUUACUGAGAUUGACUCUGGCCCCAAUUAAUAGUCUAUCUGGUGAGUCUUCCUCUCUCUCCUGCCUUGGCUUUCAGACCUAGCUUUGAACUGGGAAAAACAAAAGAAAGAAAACCCUUAGGAGGAUACCAAACCACUGUGUGUUUGUGUUUAUGAAUUGAGAGACACCUCAUCACCUGAUCUGAAAUGUGUUAGCAAGUACUCAUUGCAUAGGUUUGACCUUUGCCUUGUAAGAACUAUUGGUAACAAUUCAUCUUAUUAUAUGCUAUGGUAACUGCUUUUUAUAAAGAUUUAAUACGUUGUUUGUUUUCAUUGCCUUUAUAAAUUAGAAUUUGGCUUUGUUGUAAUUACAUGUUUUGAAUUACCUAUCAUCUAGUUAUCAAAUGAAAAUGUUACUACUAAUGUAAUUGGAGCAGGGAGGUUUGGACCCACCCCCAUGCAGAGGAUCACUUAAGGUUCUAAUUAAAAUGUUACUGUGUACAUCCUUUUAACAAUUCUUUUGCUUGGUGUAUAUAAUUUCAAGAUGAUGUGGGAUGCUCUGUAUCCAGCUAAAA